AUGGACGACGAAAUCUACGUUGUCACCCAGCAACUUCAGGAGUUACAAGAGUAUCUUGACUCUCAAAAAGGGAAGGGUCGGGCCGAUGACAGUGAAGACUAUCUACAAGCAUAUCGCCAAGAGUUGAGAGCACAUCUAAGGUCACUGGAGGACAACAAGCUCGCCUGGAGCAUUGCUGUGGCAGUACGUUCCGACAGUCGUGUUAUUGCUGCUAUUACACGGGAAGAAGCUCAGGCAAGCGAUGAUCGACGUCUGGCAAUCAGAAUAAAUGGAAGAAACGAUGACUCGGACUCUUCAACAACUGAUGAUAAUGUGGACCAGCCUCAAGCAGCCACAGAGCCCCAGUCCAGUGACGAUGAGUGCGUCGCGGGUCCCUCAAUGACGUACACAGAAAGACAGGCCUUGGAAUUGGAGAAGCCCGCCGCCACGGAAACUCGGUGUUGUGUGUGCUACGAGAGUUUCUUCGCUCACAAGGUGAAGCAAUUGGACUGCAACCAUGAUUACUGUGACGAUUGUCUCAAAGAUCUUUUUCUAAGAGCGACGAAGGACUCAACUCUAUUCCCCCCACGAUGCUGCCGUAUGCCGAUUCAUCUAGAAGCUGUCCAGGAACAUAUGUCAGAGACUGAAAUAUCUGAUUUCAAGAACGCGGAGAUUGAGUUCUCAACCACUGACCGCACUUAUUGCAGCAAUACCAACUGCGGCAAGUUCAUACUACCUCAAAACAUCACAGCCGGCCGUGCUGAGUGUCCUCACUGCAACCUGAAUACCUGUGCCAUGUGCAAAAAGGCUUUUCACAUCGACGACUGUGUGGAGGAUAAUGAUCUGCAAGCUACACUGGCGCUAGCCAGUGCCCAAGGAUGGCAACGGUGCUUCCGUUGCAGGGCUCUCGUCGACCUGGGGUUCGGCUGUUACCACAUAACGUGCAAAUGUCGCGCUGAGUUUUGCUACCUCUGCGGUCUUCAAUGGAAGACAUGCGAAUGCGUGAUUUGGGACGAGAGAAGACUCGUCGCCAGAGCGGCAGAAGUUGUAGACCGUCAGGCACUAGCGCCCUUGGAACCUCAGAUCCGCCAUAUGCUAGUUCAGAGAAUGCGGGCAAAUCUGGUUGAGAAUCACGAGUGCGAACACCAAGGCAGAUUCCGGCGUGUUGAAGGUUCAAGAAGGCGAGCAUUUGAUUGCGAGAUCUGUGGAGAACGCCACCGGAAGUACAUCCUGGAGUGUCGCCAAUGCCAGAUUGUAGUUUGUGAGAGCUGCCGACGGAAUCGAAUUUGA